AUGAGCACCGUCUUCCCGCUUGCAUUGCCAUACACGGCAUCACAGCCCGAGAAGUCGGCUCUCCGCAAAAUAGUCUUUCGUGACGAUCUAGAUCAUCGUCGAGUAACGCUUCUGGUGGAGAACGCCAAAUGCACUAGCAUCUCCCAUACAUACACUGAACUGGGCCUCAGUGUGGACGAGCCGUUGCGGUACGUAGCCAAUGAGCUGCUUUCGCUGCCUCUUCUUCUCAAUGUGCCUCAGGCGUACCAUCGGGUGAAACUACAUGUAGAUGUGUCUGGGCUAAAUCCCAUCUCGAAUCCAGAAAACGAAUUGUUUAUCGUGAAAAGUACAGGACCCGAGAGUGAGCUCUCGGAACUACAAACUUUGCUACUGCUGAACGAAUGGGAGUCUGCGCCGCAAGAGAUCUCCAAGAUAUCCUUCAAGGACCUAGUUCCAACUGAGGACCUGAAUAUUGUAAUUGUAAACGACUCCGUUCAGAAUGAAACGUUUUCGGGGCUUGUUUCCGUUUCCGUGUGGGAGAAAAGCGCCAAGGGACAUUUCUUCUUGUUUAAAUUCAACGUCUGGGUGGAUCCUAUUACCCCCGAACUGAUCGAGCCUUCUCUGCCCAGAACAGUAGAAUCCGAGGAGGUAUCUGACAAGCAGUUCAGUGUCAAAGAACUACGUAAAGCUUUCCAUUUCGACUUACAAGAUGGCCCUGAGUUCCGUAAAGUGCUCAAUAGAUACGAACACGAUGCUCCGCGGAUCAAACGAGGCUUUCUCCAACUCCAUGAAGAACUCAAGGGCUUCGAAAGGAUUGUAGGGCAGCUCAUGCUCCGUCGUAAUAAGAUCAUAGACAUCAUCGGCGUCAUCUUGGAUGCCCAAUUCAAUCCCCUUUUAUCGAAGCUCAAUGUGCAUGCUGCGUUUGCCGCCAAGUUCGCUCUGAUUUUCAACGCUUUUCAGUCCAACUGCUCAUUCAUAGUAGAGGAAAUACUUAGCCAGCCCCUCAUCUCCAAAAUCUCCACAUAUUGCAGUGUUCCUCUAGCGGAGCCGGGAUAUGAGUCUUCUCCAAAGAAAAAAAUGUUCGAGAAGCAAUCAAAAGAGUUUUAUGACUGGCUUAAUAAGUACUUGUCGAACGAGAAAGAUCGGCCCCAGCUGAAGCUAUUGCUCAAGAGAAAAACGUUUGAGCUCCUGAAGUUCGAUUAUUUGAACUCCUUGAACCUCGCUUCGAACAAUCAAUAUUUCAACCAGUUUCUUGAAAACCUAAUGAAAUUCUCGCAUUUGUCUCAAACUAAUGGUCUUUUGGACUACAAUCUUUUUUUGGACAAUAAAGAAAGUCAACAACUUCUAGAUGAGAAAUGCAGACUAUAUCUUCACACUUUGUCCAGAUUCAACAGCGAGAAAUUACAAUUACGUCAGAUGAUUGAGACUUGUCAAUCGAACGAAGAAUUGACACUUCUACUCAAAGAGAGCCCCAUCAACUUCUCUGAAAAGAAAAAGGCGCCAGAUUCUGGUCGGCCAAGAAUCAACACUCAAUCUUUGGAUCCAGAUCAAAUAUUCCCGGCAUCACCGAUUGCACAACCAAACACGGGUCUGUCUGUAGUGAGUCACGACACAGAUCAAAACCCGAACAUGUCUGGAAUUUUGUAUGCAUUGGGAGGACAAGGGAAGCUUGGAUGGCACAAGGAAUGGGUUGUCUUGAGAAACGGUCAAUUAAUGGAGUUUUCUGACUGGAGGAACGGGACAUCUCCAAUCAAUAGGCCCAUAGACGUUGCAAUUGCAAGUGUUAAGCCUUUCAACCAUGACAAGAGAAAUUAUUGCUUUGAGAUUAUCUCUUCCUCCGGUCACAAGCAUGUUUUUCAGGCUCUCAAUAAUGAAGAGAGAAAUCACUGGAUGAAAGCAUUGUAUAAUGCCGGGCAGAUUACAAACAGAUUGAUUUCGUCUGGUCCCAACCAACUGAUAGAUCUGGCAGUCCAGUCUAAGCCUCGUCUGCACGCUGUGCCACGGGGACAGGGAUCACCUGUCUCCAUUUAUUCUGGUAGAUUCCAAGCUGAAGAUGAUCUUUUGGCGACAGUGCGUGCUGUUGAAGGUAGCGCCAACGACAUUUGUGCUGAUUGUGGGUCUGCUGACUCUGUGGAGUGGAUCUCCCUCAACAAUUUGGUAGUUGUGUGUUUGAAAUGCUCAUCUUGUCACAGGAACAUGGGGUCCCAUAUUUCUAAAGUCAAGUCACUCAAGUUGGACAAUUUUAAGGCCGAGCAGCGUGUUCUUCUCAAGUACAUCAACAACAAUAGCGUUAAUGCUUACCUAGAAGAAACGGUUUCCGAAAAGCUUACUCCAGAUGCCUCAGACGAACUGAGGCUACGUUAUAUUCGCCACAAAUACGAGCAAAAGACAUUUCUAAGUCCUACUGAGAAUCUCAAUGCAGAGUUGGUGCGCCUGGUUAGGAAAAUUGAUGUAGCUGGAGUCGCCAAAAGCCUCAAUUGUGGAGCAGAUCCCAACUUGAAUAUUCAGGUAUCAAACACUUCCUGGUCAGAACCCAGAACCGUCUCAUUAUUUGAGUAUUCAUUGAAGAAGUUGGUAGAGGUUGAAGUUCAGGAUCAACCACGAAAGUUCUUUGUCAUCUCGGAGCUAUUAAUAUUAAACAACUGCAAGGUGCUCGGUACUAAGGAUAUAAGCGCCGAUAUUGGGCUCAGUGAGCAGGCCUUGAAUUUCUGGAAAGAAAAGGCCGCUCUCUAUGGCCCUGCUCAAUAG